AGCUUCUUUCCUAUCGAUUGCUCUUAGCAGUGCAUCAAAUAUCAAAUGGUCGUCUUUGCCCUCACAAUAAUAAAUAAAGCUGGUGGACUUAUCUACCAAAAAGAUUUCGCAGAUGGAUUGAACAAACUAUCUAUAAAUGACUAUCUGGUGCUUGCUGGAACAUUUCACGGAGUCCACGCUAUUUCCACUCGACUAAACCCCAUCCCAUCCUCUCACCUCGCUUCAACAGGUGCCUCCUCUCUUCCUUCAACAUCCCACUCCAAGACGCUCUCUACCCUCUCCUCACUCUCCUCCACUCCCACAUCCGAUGACCGACCAGAUCCACCUUCCGGCAUCGAAGUGCUCGAAACGACUUUGUUCCGACUCCAAUGUUUCCAGACUCUCACUGGCACGAAGUUUCUCCUAUUUACUGAACCUGGCAUGCCAAAUGUUGAUAGCAUAUUGAGGAAGAUAUACGAACUGUAUGCGGAUUAUGUGAUGAAGAACCCGUUUUAUCAGUUAGAGAUGCCGGUUAGGUGUGAGAGGUUUGAGAGGGGCGUGGAGAGGUGGGUCAGGGGGGUUAACAUGAGGUAA